GCUUUUGCUACAACGACUUCGUUUCUCUCUCUAUAUAGAAACUAUAUAGUUUCUCUCUCUAGAAAAUGCAGGAUCAAGCGGCCACGAGUUCCGUUGCGGCGAGUCUGCCGUCUAGUAGCGAACGGUCUUCCAGCUCUGCACUGCAACUUAAUGUUAAAGAAGGAAUGGAGAGUGACGACGAGAUCAGAAGAGUGCCGGAGAUGGGCGCAGAAGCUGCCGGAGCAUCAGUAUCCGGUCGUGAAACCGGGUCAGUCGCACAUCCAGACCGGGUUCAAGGCUCUGCUGAAGGCGGCACAAGGAGAAAGGGGAAAAAUCCUGCUGACAAAGAGAACAAACGGUUGAAGAGGUUGUUGAGGAAUCGGGUUUCGGCCCAACAAGCAAGGGAGAGAAAGAAGGCAUACUUGAGCGAGUUGGAGGUACGGGUGAAGGAGUUGGAGAAGAAGAACUCGGAGGUUGAAGAGCGUUUGUCGACUCUGCAAAACGAGAACCAGAUGCUUAGACAUAUACUGAAGAACACAACGGCCGGCAUGCAAGAGAGGAAAUAGAAGUAGAUAUAGAAGCAAUUAGCAUUAGCACAUACUAAUGAAUGGAUGUAGCUAGGAAAGUUUUAAUUUGGUUUGGUUAAAAGUGAUUAUCCUUUGUUGUUUGUUGUGUUUUGAGGAAAGAUAAAGUGAAGAUUGUGAUUGUUUAAGCUA